CCGGACAGCUUCAGCACAAGGAACCUGAAGACAUCUCUAUCGAUUUGUUUGGGGUCCCCGACUUAAGGGCUCAACCAGCUUUCAACCGCUCAUCUCAACCGUUCCGGCUGUGCUCUGCCUUCCUCCACUGGCCCCAGCAUUGCCUGGAAACCUGCAAGCUGCACAUCUGGGCCCAGCCACAAUGUAGGGAGCGUUAGGAGCAGCGCGGACACGGAGCAGAAAGGUUGCAAAGCAAAGUGCACAACUCAUACCGACAUGCACCUACGGACGGGCACUGCCUCUGCGGCGUUGGCCACAGAGCCAUGUGAUUGGGACGUGGCCAGUCUAGAAAUACUUAGCACUAAGCCACCAAGUUGCAAGCUGCAUACUUGUUGCAGACCGGCCGCUGUUGACCUAGCCUGACAUGGUCCUCAGCUAAAAGCAGUCUGCUUUCCAUGAUCGAACGAGGACUCCACGAUCUCGCCAACCCUGGCAAAGUACGGUUUCUUCUUUGGAAUCGAUAUAAUCUCGUCCAGUGACUGGAUCUAGUGCACAAGGUUGAAGAUGACUGAUCAGCCAACAAGGGCGCCAACACAGCUCGGAAGUCCAGAGCCUCAAUCAUUCCACCACUUGCCAGGAGACUCAGCGCCUGAUCUUGGGCGUAAUGCCACUUUCGAUAACGAACCUCUUCGUCUUCCAAACCCUACAGAACAGUCCUUCAUAGGGUCGCGAGAUUCCGGAACCGACAAGCAUGAGCAUGUGGCAUUCUGGAAUCCAACUUGGCUCCGAUUUGGGGUACUCUCCAGCUACGCGGCUCUAACAUUACUCUUUAUUGUAGCAACUAUUGUGCUCUAUACCUACUCGAAACAGCAUGACGGCUUUGCGAUAGGACUGGAUUCGAAUCACUACACGUGGAAAUAUGGACCGACCGCAGUACUCACCCUAGCACUUGUUUUCUGGAAUCAGAGCAGUCGAUGGUGCAAAAUCAUAACUCCGUGGCAGAAUCUGGCCUCAGGCCCGAAACCCGCCGGCCGGAAUCUGCUUUUGGACUACGUAUCGCCUCUACAACCGUUGUUACUGUGGCGGGCGGGGCGAGCUCGAGACAUUGCUGUAGUUGCAAGCGAGUUGGGGACGCUGAUCUGGAGGAUCGCGAUCAUUCUAUCGACCGCAUUACUGGUGUCAAUUCCUGUCAUUGUGACAACACGGGAUGCUAGGUCAAACACAGUGGCAGAUUUUGUAAUUGACAAGUUCAAUGGCACGAGUACGACUGGGGAAGCUGGACGAAUAUAUUACGGGAUUCAUGCGGAUAACGUCCAAUAUCCUGCCGGUACAGCUCCCACGUACGCUUUUCAGCCCAUCCAGCUCAACGAUACCCGCUUUCGGACUCGAGACUACAAGCUUCAAGCAUCCGUUGAUGUGUUCACUCCUCAUUUUGACUGCGAGCCCGGUGCCGUCACCGUCUCGGAGCUCCAAGCUAGCAGUAAUAUCAUCAAGGUCAAUAUCCGCACUAGUGAUUGCAAAGUGAACUUCGAAACAAAUCUGUUUGACCCAACGAAGUGGUCCGAAUAUCAACUUUACGGUAAAGGAUACCCGGCGGAGAAUUUCGUCCCCAAUGCAAUUCCCAUUGCUUGCGAUGGUCGAAAUUAUGAUACUAGCUAUGUGACAUAUGAUGAAACAAGGUCGCGCAUCCUGUUGUUCUUGUCCUUGGCUGACGAGAACCUCAAGCCGACCGUGCUGACCGCUGCAAUCUGUCAACCAGCUUACUAUGUUUCGAAACAAAUCUUGAUCUACGACAGUGAGAUGGCAAGCACUAACUCGAGCACACGGAUCGACUGGAGAUCAAGCGCAUUGAACUUAACUCUGCCUCGAUAUUUUCCGCCACAGUUCACCUUCGCUGUGCUCGAGGAGGCUUCCUCGCAGUUCCUCACUCUGACAAACACUGACAACAUUUCCGAGGCUCAAUCAGCUACCUCGGGUGUGUUCACACUCAUGUCGCUGCUCGAAGGAAGAGUAGCUGGCAAGUCGACCCUGCGACCGUUUCUCACUGUAGAAGCGAUGAUCACACGGGCUCAGGAGGUUCUGCAGGGUGUUUCCGUGCAGCUCGCUGGGGCCGAACUUCUGCAACCCGCUAUCCACACAGUUACUUCCCUUGUCAGUAUCGAGGAAAACCGUCUGACUGUCCAACUACUUCCAGCAAUUUCGAUGAGCGCAUGCUUUGGACUCUUAUCAAUCUUUGCAGUACUUUUGAUCUAUAUCCGGCCUAGAGAUGCAGUUCCCCGGCGCGUUGAAGGACCUUUUGAGACCCUCUGCAGCCUCAAUUCGAGCUUGGAGCUCAAAGCCAUCCUGCGAUUUCAGGGCAACUCGACGGAUGGCCAGCUCACAGACAGCUUGUGCAACCGGCGUUUUGGCUCGGCAACCUUGACAAGAGAAGCCGGUACUCGGCCUGUUUUCGUCGUAUCGCAGGAAGAGUGCCCCUCCCAAGAGGAUAGGACAAUACCACCAAGUUCAGGACCGUGGCAAUCGUGGAUACCCUGGGUGCUUCGGCCGCUUGGCCGAAUAGCCGUUGUCACGCUGGUCGUAAUCACUAUCGUGACUCUUGAGGUGCUCCAGAGGCUUUCCAACGCUGGAAAUGGCUUUGUCGAUAUCCAGGGCUCACGAUCAGCCGCUGAACAUGCCAAAUCGAUCGUGCCAUCACUCGCCAUGGUCAUUAUAGCUCUUAUCUACGGCUCUCUGAAUGACAGCACCAACAUUCUGUCACCAUAUAUCGCACUUGCGCAAGGCCUGUAUCUGAAAGAGCGAAGGAUAAACUGGUCGUUGUCAUCGAAGGGCGUUUCAGCAGGUUUCCCAGCCCAUGUCCAUGGCCGUAUUCCUAUUGUUGGCUUCUUCGUCGCUUGUCGAGCGAGGUAUUUGGCCUCAUGCUUCACCAUAGCCACGGCUUUCAUCGCCCCAUUCCUGACAAUCGUAACUUCAGGUCUUUACGUUAUCGCCCCCGUGGACAGAACCGACCGAGUUAACAUCUCUCUACUGAACACUUUCAACGCAUCGUGGACGACAAGCCUCUCAUCAGGCGACGAGGCGAGCGCAAGCGCAAACCAGAUACUCAACAAUGGCGCUGACUAUCCACAAUGGACUUAUCAGGAUCUGGCUUUUCCCGCCCUAUCCAGCAGUGAGGACGAACUGGGGUUGAAGCUAGAAACCCAGACUGCCAAUCUUACCACAAUCUUGCCUGCCCUUCGAGGCAAGCUCGAUUGUUACAUGACUAGAUCUGACGAGGUUCUGUAUGACAUAACAGACAAUUUGGAUGUCAACGCAACGAUCAAAAUUUUGGACACCUGCAACGGAAAUGGUGGCACCAUCAAAACACUCAGCAUUUUCAUUCCAAUUCCCACCUUUUCUGAUGAGAGUUCAGCAGUUGCCAAGGAAAGCGCACAGGUUGAGCAGUACACAGCGGCCGUUGUAGACCUUCACGUUCUCGAUGGCACAUGGAACACCCAAUCUCAAUUUGUUGGCUCAUACUCUCCGCCCGACAAUCCAGCUGGAUGCCCAUCUCUUCUAUUCUAUACGGCAAAGAUCUCGGCGGACGCAACUUCAGGCGUAGUUACAUCGGGGCUUACGGCGUUCUCCUGUCGUCAGAUUCUCGAAGAAGUCCAGGUGAAUGCAUCAUUCGCAUAUCCGGCCUUCACUAUCGACAAGUCUAGCCCACCGAGGGUGGACGACAGCAGCGUCAACAGAUUGAAUAACGGUACCGCUGGGUUUGUUGGCCGUGGCUAUCAGCUUGCAAAUUGGCUGAGCCAAUUCCAGAACAAUCAUCGCCUUGAGUCCAAUGCAAGCACUAUUUAUGACAUUAACAGCUUCUACAGCACUGUAAUUUCUGCAACAGCGUCCGGCGCGGAAUCCGAGCUCCGCGUUCUUUUUGAUGAUUCCAAUGUUGACGCUCUCCUUGCUGCCAUCGAGCACGGUUACGGCAUUUACAUGGCGCAAGCCAUCUCGGGCAACAUGCGCACCGGUUUACCUCUCACAGGCACCAAUUCAGCGUCUGCAGGAAUCAGCACAAACAACAUCGCUUUCCCGACAACGCUUGUAGCACCAUUACACGCCAAUCUAACUCACCAAGCGGGCCAUGACCGUCUCAAGCAAGACAACCCAUCCAAGAUUGCGCUGCAGGUGCUACUCGGAACGAUGGCGGCGUGCGCAGUUGCAGCAUGGAUGUGCGCCCCUGACUCGAACGUCCUGCCGCAUAGUCCGAACUCGAUUGCCGGUGUGGCGAGCCUUUUCGCAGGAAGUGACCACUUGUGGGGUGGGGAUGUUCUGAGAGAUGGUGCAGAGUGGUCAAGUGAGGCCGAGUUAAGGUGCACAAACUUGAAGCUGGGAUGGCACGAUAGCAGUGGCGGUCCUAGGCAGGGUGAUACUGUCACCGCUGAUGAGGACAAUGGGCGUGAAGGCCAUGCGACUAUAGCUGAAGAGAAACGCCGUUGGUUUGGCAUUGAUACGACCGAGUGAAGAGACAUCUGGAUCCCACACCCCAGCCAGAAGGCAAGCCAAUAACAUUAUGUUGUUCCUGU